UCCAGACUCGUUGUUUCUGCCCAUGUAUUAAGCUUCAGUUUCCAUUAGUUUUCCUGGGAUACAAAUUAUCAGCAUUGAAUUAAAAAAAAAAGAGACAGAGGCAUGUGAUAUUCAGUGUCUGGAGUCCAGGUGAAUAUCUGAAGUGGGGGUUUAAUGCUGUAGAAGUUGAAUGGUGUGUGAAUGGGUGAAAUCGGACACCUGGUGGUUCUGCUCGGCUUUUUUCUCCUCCCCUCUCUGUAACAAAACGUUGCGAAAUUCCUCAAGAUUUGAGGCGGUCGUGAGCAAACUACUACUUUUUCUGGCGUUAUUAAAGUCACACACGGGGAAUUUAUCUGCUUUUUUCCCCCACUACAUAGACUUAGGAUUGGGGUUUCAGAUCUACAAGGAAGAAACAACGCAGGCUGAAAGAAAUGUAAAAAAAAAAAAAAGGCGAAUGAAGACGGGGAGUAACGGGACCUACAAGGAGGAGACAUCUAACUUCGGGGGAAACUAUGGGAACUUAGGCCUUUUUUAGCGACUGUUUUGCAAGCACAGAGCUACUUCAUUCCUGCGAUAAAGUUUCCCACAGCCAUACAGUAUUCCAGGGAUGAUGGAAGGAGAGAAGGAGCGAGAGAGGGAAAAGGGAGAGGAAAAGGAGAGCGAUGAGACGGAGGAUGAUGCUGAAGGAGCAGCCUUGCUGUGGCAAGAAGGCUCCUCUGAUGAUGACCUUGGACUCCCAAUCAUGCACUGGGAGGCAUUAAGUUUACGUAUUGCCCAACUUGAGAAGCAAGAGGAAGAACGAAGAGAAAAGAACAAGGAUAUGGCUCAAUGGACAGAAAGUUGGCCAGAGUUAUAUAACCUCACCAGACAUCAAGACAGCUGUGAGGAUGUGGAUGAUAGUCGCCUGACAGCCCUAACAUCACGACUUCAGAGUCAUAUGAACCUGCAGCUCUGCUUCAUCAACAACAGUGAGAGUGAGGAUGAAGAGGAGGAAGACAAGGAAAAAAAAGAGUUGAAUAAACAUUCUGGGAAGCAGAUGCAGCAGCCACAGCAGCAUUCCAGCACUGCAUCCAGCAGUAAAGCCAAAUCUGGUGGAUUUAAGAAAGAGGUCAAGGCUGCCCUUAGCAUGCUAAAACACAAGCUAAGGUUGGAGCAAAAACAGACCAAACCUCCCAGUGAUGCAGUUAAAGAGAGAACUCAUUAUAAUCGCAGCGACCUGCAGAAUUUCAGUAUAAAGGAGCUGAAUGCACUUAAGACCUCACUAAGCAAAGACAUUCAUAACCUCAGCUCUGAGUUAGUGGGUCGACUUCUUACAAGAGACCAGUUAAGAACUGAGCAGGAUGCCAUGCUGCUGGAGAUACAGGAUAUGACAUCACUCUGACUGAAGUUGUCACUUCAAUUAAAGGGACAAAACCAAUGCCUCAAUAACUUGAGAACUUACAAACCUGGGAGAGUUGUCUGGAAGAAUUAACUUUACUGUGAAAAGUUUUUCCACACCAAAGGACUGUUUAAAGAAUUUAAGGACUUAAAUUGCACGGAUUUGUUUCCAAGUCUGCCUUUGUUUUAGCUGCUUUAUAAGGUUUCUGUUAAUAUGUUGACAAAGUUGUUGUAAGGCAUUGAUUGUUAAGCUUUUAUGGCUGCUUAGGACCAACCGCUUUCCAGAAUCAAAUUGUUUUCGACCAAUCAUUAUUUUUUAUUGUUGUAGCCCCUUUACCUUUGUGUCAUAUUUACAACAUUUUAAUGAUGUACUGCAUCUAUAAUUUGAUACUCAAUAGUUUACAGUCACAUGCAGACACUUGUAGAGCUAAUGGAUAAAGCAAUAAUCUCCUGAAGGGAUGAUGUGUCACUACAUGUACCACACCUGUGCUCACAAAUGUACAUUAUGCAAAUUGGCAGUUAGAGAAUCAAAGCUGCCUAAAACAUGCUCAUUAAAGUCUACCUAGAAUAAUUGAA